GCGCGCGAGCGGGCAGGCGGGCGAGUAGCGUCUCCACCAGCAUCCGCGGCGGUCGCGUUUGCCCGAAGCCCGGAGGCUGACCAUCGUCCGGCGGACGGGCUUGGGAGCUCGCCUGGUGCUGGGGGCCAGCCUCAGCGAAGCUCGGAGCUUGCAGCCUGCUUCCCUACCCGCUCGCGGCCACCCCGGCUCCGGCGGCCUCGGCGCGCGCCAAGGGCUGGAGGUGUGGGAGCCACUCUCCGCUGCUCGGUCCCUGCGCUGCUCAGCCCGGGUUGGCCGCCGCGCCGCGGCCCCGAGCGGCGUCCCCGAUCCCCAGCUUCCCGCCGGCUGCUCCGAGCAACGGUGCUCCGGGGCUCCAAACUCGGGCUGCCGGGGCAAGUGUCUUCAUGAACCCAGAGGAUGUCCGGGAAGCAUUACAAGGGUCCUGAAGUCAGUUGUUGCAUCAAGUAUUUCAUAUUUGGCUUCAAUGUCAUAUUUUGGUUUUUGGGAAUAGCAUUUCUUGGAAUCGGUCUCUGGGCGUGGAAUGAAAAAGGAGUUCUGUCCAACAUCUCUUCCAUCACCGAUCUCGGCGGCUUUGACCCGGUUUGGCUCUUCCUCGUGGUGGGAGGAGUGAUGUUCAUCCUGGGAUUUGCUGGGUGCAUUGGAGCUCUGCGAGAAAACACUUUCCUUCUCAAGUUUUUUUCUGUGUUCCUGGGAAUUAUUUUCUUCCUGGAGCUCACUGCUGGGGUUCUGGCAUUUGUUUUCAAAGACUGGAUCAAAGACCAGCUGUAUUUCUUUAUAAACAACAACAUCAGAGCAUACAGGGAUGACAUAGAUUUGCAGAACCUCAUAGACUUCACCCAGGAAUAUUGGCAGUGCUGUGGGGCUUUUGGAGCUGAUGAUUGGAACCUAAAUAUUUACUUCAAUUGCACAGAUUCCAAUGCAAGUCGAGAGCGAUGCGGCGUUCCCUUCUCCUGCUGUACUAAAGACCCCGCGGAAGAUGUCAUCAACACACAGUGUGGCUAUGAUGCCAGGCAAAAACCAGAAGUCGAUCAGCAGAUUGUCAUCUACACGAAAGGCUGUGUGCCCCAGUUUGAGAAGUGGUUGCAGGACAACUUAACCAUUGUGGCUGGUAUUUUCAUAGGCAUUGCCUUGCUACAGAUCUUCGGGAUCUGCCUGGCCCAGAACCUGGUGAGUGAUAUCGAGGCUGUCAGGGCUAGCUGGUAGAGCGCCUGCUACAGCCACUUCCAGACACUGGACAGACCCAGCCUUCCUGACCCUCCAGUGCGCCCACCUGAUACCCAUGCUGCACGGACUCUGAUCUCAGAGGCAUCCCGCAAUCCCAACUGAUGGAGCUGCCAAGAACUUAGUUUUCUUGCGGGGGGAGGUAAACUGGGAAAUGCUGCUCACUGACAGAAUUAAAAAAUAACCAGUAUGAAAGUCUUUGCGCCAUGAAUCUCUACUGUAGCCAUGAAUUUCUGGAAGGUUGGAUACUUACCAAAUGGAAAAAAAGAAGGGAGGGUGGGGGAGCCAGAUGUACUGAGUUUGUGGAAGAGUCUUGUCCCUGCUUCGGUGGUGGGAAGGCUGUCUUCUGUGUUAACGGCCUGAGGAGGUGUGUCGUUUCUGAGACUCAGCCCCUUACCUGGGAGGGGUGUGUUUUCAGCAUCCCUUCGCUGUAUGUUUCAAGGAACCAUUAACAACCAUCCUCCCAGGAAGAGAACAGCUUGCCUUUGGGUUCCCAUUUUGUGACCGCAUUCGACAAGGAGCUUGGGUGGACUCAUCUGGUCUCUCCUGGAGUGUGUCCUUGUAGAAGUUGUGUAUUCCUUGUGUGCUGAGCAGGGGCUUUGGAACAUUUCACGAUGCCGAAUUCUAGCAGGACAGAUCUUUUCUGUAAGUAGGCCUGAGCUUUAUUUAUCAAUGAAAUCCAAGGAGAAAAAGAGGUAGUGAAUACUGCAGCCCACCAAAUUAGUUAUUGGGUUUUUUGGAAAUGGAACAUUCUGGGGCUUUGUUUUGUUGUGGCCCUCCCCCCUUUUUUUGUCUUCCAGAAGUGAAAGCUAUGAUACAGUUUCUCUUACAUUUUAGAUUUUUUUUUUUUUUACUCAGCUAGAAUAUUAAUUUUUUAUAUAAUCUCUCUGCAUGACCUGUGAAUCUGAAUCCACCAGCUCCUUUUCAUGCCGUGUCUCCUACAAGCCUUUAUAAACGUUCUUCUGUCAGCAUUUAUCUCGUGGGGUCCGCAGCCUUGAGUGGCGUGUCCUGCCCGUGUGGGAAGGGACCAGCUGGACGUGCCAGGUGUGUCUGUGGACUCAGUCUCUGCUCCAUGUCGCGCGAUCGUCAUGGCCUCUUCUGCAGGCUCCCCCUUUCUCUUGGAAUCGAAUUAAGCCCAGUUCUGAAAUGGUGUUGACAGAGUCAAAAGCUUCUGGUGGUUUUUCCUUCUGGUUUUCGUUUGUUUUUAUGAAACAACAACAAAAAACAAAAGCCGAGGUCGAGACCAGAGCUGCGUCUGUCCUCUGCGCCGACUCGCCAGCAGAACAGUGACAAAGCGCAGAUGUCUCAAGAGGGAGCGCUGAUCGGCCGAGAGCUCGGUGAUGAGGCGGGAAACACUUGUAGAAACUGCCGUCUGCCCUGUCCCCACUCCAGGUGUGGGGGACGAGUUUUGCCCCAGAGUUUAAUCCUAACUGGUGUCUACCAGGAUGUCCCCUACCCCGGGGAGCAGAUAUCAGUCUGUGGGAAAACCACAGGCAUGUAUCACAGUGAUGACACAUUUGCCCACACAGAACCGGGCAGCCAGCUAGCGUAGCUUGUGGAAACUUAGCCAGGUUUUCCAUUUUGGCCCCAUGUUGCAUCGCCGUGGCUGAUGAACGUGUCCGUCUGCUCAGAGAAAGGACAAAAAUUCUUUGAAAAUCUAGUCUCCAGAGUUAAGGCGUGUAUGACUCUGCAUGUGUGUGUUUGUGUCUCUGUGUAGUUAAGAGAUGUUCAUUCCGUAUCCUGGCUGUGAGAUGAUUUUAUCUCAUGUCUGUCCCCACCACUGUUGUCAUUCCAUAUUGAUUUUCACUCAAACCUGGAGAAGACUUGAGCCCUCUGGUUGGCACUCUUGUCUUGUUUGUUACCUCAUUCAUUCUCCAGUGAACUCCACCUGACCAGUUGAUUCAGAAUCAGGCCAGCUUCCCACCCUUUGGCACAUCCAGUAAAAGGCCAAACAGCAAGUCCGAGUUCUAAAUUUUAAUUAAUCACCUUUUUUUUUUUUUUUUUACACUUGAGAGUGGUUGUAAUAAAGGCUGUCAUUAAUAAACUUGGUUCUACCUUA